AUGCCCAACAGCAGCGUGGUGCUAAGCAGCCUGGACGGGUUCUACAUUGGUGCCGAGUGCCUGAUCGCUUUGUUUGCCACUUUGGGGAACAUCCUGGUGGUGUGGGCAGCGAAGCUGAACGCGACGUUCCAGAACACAACCCUGUACUUCCUGGUGUCCCUGGCCCUGGCUGACAUCGCCGUGGGGCUCCUGGUCAUGCCCUUGGCCAUCGUGGUGAGCCUGGGCAUCCGCGUCCGCUCCUACGCCUGCCUGUUCAUGUGCUGCCUGUUGGUGGUUUUCACCAACGCCUCCACCCUCUCCCUCCUGGCCAUCGCCAUCGACCGCUACCUGCGCGUGAAGCUGCCCAUCAGGUAUAAGAUAAUCACUACAGAGAGAAGAGUCUGGUGGGCACUGGGUUUGUGCUGGUCUGUGUCUCUGCUGUUGGGAUUAGUCCCCAUGUUUGGAUGGAACAAGGCAGAAGGAAUAAGCUCUGACUUGCCCAGGUGCCGAUUUACCUCUGUGAUGAGGAUGGAUUACAUGGUGUAUUUUGGCUUCUUCACAUGUACCCUUGUCCCCCUGCUCAUCAUGAGUGCCCUGUACAUCGAGAUCUUUUACAUCAUCCGGAAGAAGCUCAGCCAAGGAGCAGCUGGUGUGAGAGGGGCACGAGGCUUUUAUGGACAGGAGUUCAAGGCAGCCAAAUCUCUAGCACUUGUUCUCUUUCUCUUUGCCAUAUCCUGGUUGCCUCUGUGCAUUAUAAACUGCAUUUCCUAUUUUUGCCCUGACUGUCAUAUCCCCCCCUACCUGAUGUACCUGGGAAUCCUGUUAUCCCACAUCAAUUCUGCCGUGAACCCCAUUGUCUAUGCGUGCAAGAUAAAGAAGUUCAAGAACACCUACCUUUUCAUUCUAAGGACCUACAUCCUGUGCAAGAAGCCAGACCCAGUCCUUAGAGGGCAAACAUCAGACCAAAGAUCAUAA